GGCCUCCGCCCGUCUCUGCGCCCCGGGACUGGGAGCGGGGGCAGCCGAGGCGCGCCGGGAGGGGGCUGGCGGAGGCAGCGCGGUCGGGCCGCUUCAGGUUUCGUCCUGGAGCCGGUGGCGGGCGCGGCGGCGGGCGGGCCUGGCCAUGUGAUGCGGCGGCCCGGAGGUGAGCAGGCGGUGAUCCAGUGGCAGCCGGCAGGCGCGGAGCGAGCGGGGGCGGCCGGAGCUGCAGGCGCAGCGGGCAGGCUCCGGGAGCGCGCCCGCGGCUCCGCCCCCUCCGCCUUGGCCCCAGCCUUGCGGCCGCCGGGCGUUGGCAGCUUCGGCGAGAGCCUUCCCGGCCCUGGGCGGCGGCGGCGGCAGCGGACCUGGGCGCGUUCCAGACGCCCUCGGGCAGGGCGCGGGGCGCAGCGCCUCGCUGGGGUUCCGGAGGCAGUGGGGGCCCUAGCUCCAGGUGAAUUAAUGAAACUUUCUGGGGUUCUUCUGACCUUUACCCUGCGUGGUGAAAUCUCUUUGGGGGGAUUGUUUUUGGUACCAAGCUACUGUGAACUGGCAGAGUGGAAUGACUCAGAUGCAGAAGCCAUGGAGUUGAGCUGCGACGAAGUACCUCUUUAUGGGCAGAAGACCGUCCAUGCAAAGUUCGGCAAAAAUGUGUAUCUUCCUAAAGAUGCCGAGUUUUACUUUAUUUACAAUGGAUCUCAUCAGAGACACAUCGUGAUUGCCGAACGCGCUGAGGAUAAUGUUCUCCGGUCUAGCAUUCCAGGCCAUGGGCUUCAGGAGACGGUGACGGUGUCUGUGUGCCUCUGCUCAGAAGGUUACUCCCCAGUGACCAUGGGCUCCGGCUCAGUGACUUACGUGGACACCAUGGCUUGCCGGCUGGCUCGUUUGCUGGUCACCCAAGCUGAUCGCCUCACAGCUGAUAGUCAUCAGACCUUGCUGACUCCAUUUGCCCUGACGGUGGGAGCCCUGCCUGCCCUGGACGAAGAGUUCGUGCUGGCUCUGACCCAUCUGGAGUUGCCUCUUGAGUGGACGGUGUUGGGAAUUUCUUCACUUGAAGUUUCUUUAUGCAGAGAGUCUCUUCUACACCUGGCUAUGAGAUGGGGCCUACCUAAGCUCUCUCAUUUCCUCUUGUGCCUCCCUGGGGGAGUUCAGGCUUUGUCUUUACCCAACGAAGAAGGUGCCACACCAUUAGACUUAGCUUUGCAAGCUGGACACUCCAAGCUGGUUGAAGACAUCACAAAUUUCCAGGGCAGACGUUCCCCAGGCUUCUCCAGAGUGCAGCUCAGUGAACAAGCUUUCCUGCAGUAUCUUCACUCAUCAGAGACUUUGACCCUGACACUGAACCACACAGCCGAGCAUUUGUUGGAGGCAGAUAUUAAACUCUUCAGGAAAUACUUCUGGGACAGAGCCUUUCUCCUCAAGACUCUUGAAGAUCAAGAAGCCAGGCCAGAGGAAAGACGAGACAAACCAUCCAGUGCUGCAGAAACUGAAGAAGGGAUUAAGAAUUCGGCAACCAGCAGAUCAUCACCUGAAAAGGAGAAUGUAAAGCACAUGGAAAACCUGGUGGUUCAACCAAAUGAACACGGAGACCGGGACCAUCUAGAUUCAGAUCACUCUUCUGAUGUCUUCAAAAAAUCCAAGCAUUCCCCAACAUUCUUUGCAGCAGGCCGGCUCUCUGAGGUGCUGAAUGGUGGCGAUGAAGUUUACGCUAAUUGUAUGGUGACAGAUCAGGUUGGUGAUUUGGAUAUUAACUAUGUUAAUAUAGAAGGAAUCAUGACAGACAUGUGCCCUGAAUCCAUGGGUUCUACUCUGGGGCCUCAGAACUGCAAGCAUAUCCUUGAUGCUGAAAACAGCCAUGGAAAAUGCCCACUAAAUGAGAACAAGGAAGUGACCUCAAAUACUGAAGCUCAGCAGUCCUUCCCAUCACCAUCUAGUUCAUAUGCUUCCAAGUAUAAUCUUUCCUUUGGUCAUCGUGGAUUUGAAAAGGAACAAAGUCAUCUGAAGAAAAGAAGUUCUAGCCUCGAUGCCCUGGACGCCAACAGUGAAGGGGAAGGGCGCUCUGAGCCAGCACGCAUUUGCUACACUCCAGUGUCUCAGAGCUCCUCCAGAACUGGAAUUCCUAGUGGGGAUGAGCUGGACUCUUUUGAGACCACCACGGAACCAGAUUUCAGUAUCUCCAGGACAGAGUCGCUUUCUUUAUCAAGUAACCUGCUGUUGAAGGAAUCCUUGCUUUCUGGAGUCCGCUCACGUUCUUACUCCUGCUCAUCACCCAAAAUUUCUUUAGGAAAAACUCGGUUGGUGCGUGAUUUUACAGUGUGCAGUUCUAGUGAAGAGCAAAGAGCUUACAGCCUACCGGAGCCACCAAGAGAAAAAAGAAUUCAGGAAGAAGAAUGGGAUAAAUACAUUAUACCUGCUAAGUCAGAGUCUGAAAAAUACAAAGUGAGCCGAACAUUCAGCUUCCUCAUGAAUAGGAUGACAAGCCCUCGGAAUAAAUCUAAGACAAAAAGCAAGGAUGCCAAAGACAAAGAGAAGCUGAGCCGACAUCAGUUUGUCCCUGGAACAUUCUCUGGGGUUCUACAGUGUUCGGUUUGUGACAAAACGCUCCUGGGGAAGGAGUCAUUCCAGUGUUCCAACUGUAAUGCAAAUGUACACAAGGGUUGUAAAGAUGCUGCCCCUCCGUGUACCAAGAAAUUCCAAGAGAAAUACAAGAACAAACCGCAGACCAUCCUUGGAAACUCUUCCUUUCGUGACAUCCCGCAACCUGGUCUCUCCUUGCACCCUUCUUCUUCCAUGCCUAUCGGAUUGCCCACCAGGAGGAAAGAAGCUUCAGCACAGGCCCAUCCAUUGUCUAGAAGUGUUCCAGGCACUACCUUGGAAAGCUUCAGAAGGUCGGGGCCCUCCCUGGAAUCUGAGAGUGACGGGAACACCUGGAGAAGCAGGUCUCAUUCUGAUGAGCUGCUACAGUCCAUGGGCUCUUCUCCCUCCACAGAGUCCUUCCUAAUGGAAGAUGUUGUGGAUUCUUCUCUGUGGAGUGACCUCAGCAGUGACGCCCAGGAGUUGGAAGCAGAGUCUUGGAGUCUGGUGGUGGACCCCUCAUUUUGCAGUAAGCAGGAGAAAGAUGUCAUUAAAAGACAGGAUGUCAUUUUCGAACUGAUGCAAACAGAGAUGCAUCAUAUCCAGACCCUGCUCAUCAUGUCUGAGAUCUUCAGGAAAGGAAUGAAGGAGGAGCUGCAGCUUGAUCACAGCACCGUGGAUAAAAUCUUCCCCUGCUUAGAUGAGUUACUGGAAAUCCAUAGGCAUUUCUUUUAUAGCAUGAAGGAGCGAAGGCAGGAGUCCUGUGCUGGUGAUGACAGGAAUUUCAUCAUCAACCGAAUUGGAGAUAUUCUAGUACAGCAGUUUUCAGAAGAAAAUGCAAAUCAAAUGAAGAAAAUAUAUGGAGAAUUCUGUAGCCAUCACAAAGAAGCUGUCAGCCUCUUUAAAGAACUCCAACAAAAUAAAAAGUUUCAGAAUUUUAUUAAGCUUCGAAAUAGUAAUCUUCUGGCUCGACGCCGAGGAAUCCCAGAAUGCAUUCUGCUAGUCACUCAGCGCAUCACAAAGUACCCAGUCCUCGUGGAAAGGAUUUUGCAGUACACAAAGGAAAGAAGUGAAGAACAUAAAGACUUGUGCAAAGCUCUGGGCUUAAUUAAAGACAUGAUUGCGUCAGUGGAUUUAAAAGUCAGCGAGUAUGAGAAAAACCAAAAAUGGCUGGAGAUCCUAAAUAAGAUCGAAAACAAAACCUACACAAAGCUCAAAAACGGCAAUGUGUUUAGGAAGCAAGCACUGAUAAGUAAAGAAAGGACUCUCUUACAUGAAGGCCUUGUUUACUGGAAAACUGCGACAGGUCGAUUCAAAGAUAUCCUGGCUCUACUUCUAACUGAUGUGCUGCUCUUUUUACAAGAAAAAGACCAGAAAUACAUCUUUGCAGCUGUUGACCAGAAGCCAUCGGUUAUUUCCCUUCAGAAGCUUAUUGCUAGAGAAGUUGCGAAUGAGGAAAGAGGCAUGUUUCUAAUCAGUGCCUCCUCCGCUGGUCCUGAGAUGUACGAAAUUCACACCAACUCCAAGGAGGAACGAAAUAACUGGAUGAGACGAAUCCAACAGGCAGUAGAGAGUUGCCCAGAAGAAGAAGGGGGAAGGACAAGUGAAUCUGAUGAAGAGAGGCGGAAAGCUGAAGCAAGAGUGGCCAAAAUUCAGCAAUGUCAAGAAAUACUCAGUAACCAAGACCAACAAAUUUGCACAUGUUUGGAGGAGAAGCUGCAUAUCUAUGCUGAACUUGGAGAAUUGAGUGGAUUGGAGGAUGUCCAUCUAGAGCCCCACCUCCUCAUUAAACCUGAUCCAGGAGAUCCUCCCCAGGCAGCCUCAUUACUAGCAGCAGCGCUGAAAGAGGCUGAGAGCCUCCAAGUUGCAGUGAAGGCCUCACAAGCGGGCGAUGCCUGUCAGUCAUCCGAGGAAGGUUCUGGAGAAUCUUCCUUGACGGAUACUCAGAGUCCCCCCGAAGAGCCAGGAUCAUCUCCAGCUUCACUAGUCACAGAAGGGACAGGAGGAAGAGGCUGUUGGGAUGUGGAUCCUGGCACCCAGGGUUUGGGAACCGACUUGGCAGUCUCUGAUGCAGGGGAGAAGGUGGAAUAUAGAAGUUUCCCCGUUUCUUCACAGUCAGAGAUUAUACAAGCGAUACAGAACUUAACCCGUCUCCUCUAUAGCCUUCAGGCCGCCUUGACCAUCCAGGACAGCCACAUCCAGGUCCACAGGCUGCUCCUCCAGCAGCAGGAGAGCCUCUCCCCUGGCCCGUCCUUCCGAGGGAGCCCCUUCCAGGACCAGGAGAAGUACCGCAACCUAGAGAAGCAGCGGGAAGAGCUAGCCAACAUCCACAAGCUGCAGUCCCAGUUCCAGCAGGACCAGCGGCGCUGGCACCGCCAGUGUGACCAGCAGCAGCGGGAGCAGGAGGCCAAGGCCAGCCGGCUGCAGGAGCGCGAGAGGGAGUGCUGGUCACAGGAGGAGCUGUUGCUCAGGACCCGCGGGGAGCUGGACCAGCAGCUCCAGGAGUACCAACAGAACCUGGAGCGGCUGAGGGAGGGCCAGCGCCUGGUGGAGAGGGAGAGGGAGAGGAUGCGGGCCCAGCAGAGCCUGCUGUGUGGUUGGAAACACGGGCGGCAGAGUAGCCUUCCCGCGGCGUUUUCUCCGGGAAGCACAGAGGUAAUGGAACUUAAUCGAUCCGAGAGUUUGUGUCAUGAAAAUUCAUUCUUCAUUAAUGAAGCUUUAGUACAAGUGUCACUUAACACUUACAACCAAUCGACUCUAGCAGGUGUCCAUCAGGAUGCCACUUAUCCCCAGAAUAUAGCUAAUUCUGAUUUGGUAAGGACUAGUGAAAAUCAAGUAGACCUCCAGUUGGACGUUUCUCAGCCCUUGGAUGUCAACCAUGAACUAUGGACAGCCGCUGGGUCCUGUCAUCAGAUAUCCCCUCUCCACCCAAGCAGCAAGGAUUCUUGUAAAAAUGGCUCCAGUGUGAAAAAGUGCAGUUGUGCACUGAUGUCUCUCUGGGGACUGCAGACUAGAAUCGCAUCCCCCUGGAAGGAAGAAUAUUUGGAUAACUCUCAGACUGAGUUCCCAACCCCCCAUGACUCCAAUCCACCUGGCUCUCAGCUGCAGACGUUUGUGGCAGAAGCAAAGCUAAAUCUACAGACACUGACCAGACAAGAUGGGGAAACUGGAGAUGGAGCUGAAGAAAAUAUUGUUUACCUCUAAUUGUGUUGUCAUAAUUUUUCCAGACAAAACCAAACCCUGGCAUUGUGUGGAGAAUUUUUUUUUUUUUCCUGAUGUUCAUGUGACUGUGUCCAAAUUGCUUUAAGAGUAAUAUUUAAUAUUUCCUGCAAGUUCAUUUUUUUGGGCAUGAGUCCAAUUAAAUUAUUAAAC